AUGGACGACCUGCCCGUGGGUCUCUGCAGCGAGUGCGGUGACGACUCGCUGUACCUGGACCGCACUCUGCUCGAGCACUUCUCGCUGCACGUGUGCGUGACCUGCAAGCAGGACCGGACGCUGCGCGACGGCGCGUUCGAGCUGCUGUCCAAGUCUCGCGCCAGGGCCGAGUACGCGCUGCCCGACUCGUCCUUCACGGGGCUCCCGCACCUCAACCAGCCCAACCCUCGGCACGAGGCCUUUGCACCGCUGCAGCUCUAUCUGCGCCGCACGCUGGUGCAAGAGGCCUACCGACUGUACGGGGACGAGGACGGACUGCAGCGCGAGAAGCAGAAGCGGAAGAAGAGAGCGUUCCGAUCCGCCGCGGGCAGGACCAAGCACUUGCUCAAGAGGCAGCACUUGGUGCAGCUGGACAGAGACGCAGACGCAGCGGCAGAGGAUGAGCAAGAGAAGGAGAAGAAGAAGAAGCAAAAGAAAGCCGAGUACGUGCCGGUGGCAGAUACAGAUCACCGGCAUGAGUUCGCGGCGGAGUCUUUUGAUGAAGAGACCAAGAGCUGGUCCAAGAAGUGCGCGUGCGGUAUGCAGGUGCACUUUGAAAAGUGGUGA